AUGGCGGCCAAGUCGAAGCGACACUCCCAUUCCCCCUUCACCAUGAUCUCCUCAUUCUUCUUCCCCAGAGGCGGCGAUUCCCAUCUCUGCUUCCUCGCCCUUUUCUCUAUCCUCUCCCUUCUCCUCCACCACCUCACCGUCUCCGCUUCCGCCGCCGCCGGCAAUCCUUCUCAGCCUCACUUCGAAGGCUUCGAUGCCGAAGAAGACGACGACGAACAGCUCUCCUUCGCCAACGAUCUCCCUCUUCGUUCUUCCCCUCCUCCCAUCACUCUCACCUCCCCUUCCGACCCCACUGAAUCUCACCACGGUCCGCCGGAGACUAACGCGGAUGUAGAUUCCGUUCCCGAUUCCGAGGAUUCAUCUUCUCCCGCCUCCGAUGUGAAGAAACCCUCGAGUUCUUUUGAGUUCUGGGACGAGGAUGAAUUCGAAGGCUUUCCAGUACAUGUCCCAGCUUCGGAGGACGCUGAAUCGGAGAGCUCAGGUACUCCCGCCGGCUCCGAUCCGAAGGUGGAGACGGAACCUGAAUCUCGACCUGAGGAUUCUGUUGUGCCUCCUAGAACAAUUAAGUCCUUCACUGUUGAAAUUGUCUGUGGAUCGUUCCUAAUUGUGUUUAUUAUUAAUUAUUUUACCGGGAAGAAGGAGAAUGAGAAUAUAGCUUUGGCUUGGGUGAUGAAAUUCGCCUCCAAAGACUCCAUUUUUGACCGGAAUUUUAGUUUGUUAGGCGUCGGGGAGACCGAUGAUUCACCUCUGUUGCUUAAAGAAGGGCAGAAUAUGUUCAAGUUUUACGCCAGCGGGCGGAGAUUUUGCCAGGGAAUGUUGGCUACAUUGGAGUUGAAGAGCAGGCAUGAUUUGAUAUCCAGGUUGUACAAUAUGGUGGUGCCCUGUAAGGAUGAGAUGACUUUCGAGGUGUACAUGAACGAUGAUGGCAUGGAUCAGGUGGUUUUUGCUGUGGCAAGGAAGAAGCUCGCCAAAUCAAUGCAUAAAGAGGAAAGAGAUUUGCAGAGGUUUGCUAGUUUGGUGGCGCCUCCUACUGGAAGGAAGUGGCUGGCUGAGGAGUUGGCUGUUGUCUCUGAAUCUAAGGAGGUUGCUGGGGAUUUAAUUACUGAGAUCGCACUUGAGAAAGUAUUUGGUGACAAAACAUUUGAAAAGUUCGGGAAGAAUUUCAUCUCGCUGCAUUUCUCAGAUCAACAUUUGGGUUCGCACAAGAAGAUGCUAGUAUUCAAGUUUGCUCUGCCUGAUGCCAAAAAUAUGGCUGACAUGUCCCGUUUAGUGGCUCUUAUCCCGUAUUACAUUGACUUAAUUGGCCGAUACAAACUGAGUUCUCAUGCUCGCUCUAAAACAGAAGCAGCCCGGCUGAAGGUGGCUCAAGAGAUGUACAAGGAACUUCAGAAUGCUAGGCAAGAAGCUUUGCAGAAGAAGAAAGCUGAUCAGAGGAAGAAAUUGGAGGAGGCUGAAGCCAAACUUAGUGCCGAGGCUCUUCGCAAGAAAGAGGCAAAAGAACGUGCCCGUCAGAUGAAAAAGGCAAUGCCAAAGAUGAAGAUGAGCAAGGCACAUUAG